UCACAAUCUGGGAGUUUUUUUUUUUUUUUUGAGGGCGUCACAAACUGGGAGUUGAGCGGGCGGAUUUUGCGUGUUGUUUUUUUCCUUUCCAAAUCCUGGGUCCGUGAGAACCACUGGUUUUUGACCCUGAUAAAACCAUUGAUCGAGGUUACAGCGGUAAAAAUUCCAAAGGUCUACGCUAACGCUACAGAGAGAUCGAGCAAAUGCUAGCAAAACUCCACAAAUCAUCCUCGAGUAGUUCAAAAACCAGAUAUCCUUGCUUGCCCUAAGAAUGGAUACGGUGGUAGUAGCUGAGUUAGUUCUUUUGAGCUGAGACUUGAGAGUCUUUGUUUAGCUCAAUGUGUUGAUUUUCUUUUGCGACUUGAUUGCAAAUUGGUGUGGCUCAACUAUAUGUGUAUGCUUUGCUAAGCUUUCAAUAAAUCUAGGCGUAUGGCUUCAAUAAAAAAGAUAGAUAUGAUGACCCGCAAAAAAGGUUAAAUAUGACGGAUUAUAAGGUUUUGUUAAAUUUUAUUGUAAUUCCUUUUUCGAACGAGAUCUAUUAUGUAUUGGUUUUGUGUUUUAUAUAUGAACCAGGUUUAAAUACCCAAAUCGUCUUUUUUGUUGGGAAAUGAUGCUAGUUUUAAAAUAGCGUUGAUGACUUCAACCUCUUCGUAUAAGUAGAUCCAGCUAAUAUAUGGUUUACAUGAGAACUGGUUGUACUAAUUUUAAAGAAAAGAUAUAAUGAAAUUCAUUAUGAAUUAUGUGGUCAGGGGACAAGUGGAGAGCAAUGUACAGUGACCAAAGUUAUACCCAUAGUCCAUAAAAUGCUAGAAACAUAGAAAGAGUCUUCUUAUGGAAUUUACACUAAUACCAUCAAACGUAUACUAUCUAUAAACAUGUCUGUCAAAUGCUGGAUAUAUGAUUUUUCUUUUUUUCGAAAAAAAUAAAAGAAUAUAUCUGUUGGUAGGAUGUUGUUUUAUUCCAUUAGAUCCUAACUCGAACUUAGAAAGAAAAUGUUUUAUCCGAGAGUAAGAAAAACCUAUAUUUUGUUGGUUGUUGUUGCUGGGCUUUUGUCUAGUUCACGAUUCCACCCAGACCUAGGAAUUAUCCGAAACCAGCUCGGCCCAUAAACAACAGGCCUGCUUUUGAAGUUUCUCCCUCCUCCGUCGCCAACCCUAACAGGCAACGAGCCAAGCCCUCCUCCCGCCAAAACCUCCGCCGUUUUCCCGCCCAAUCCCUCCUCUAUUACCCUCUUCCCGCCACCAUCCAUCCCGUAUUCCCGUCCCCUCGCCGUCCUCCCAGUCCACACCCACGCACCCGCAUCCCUCUCCCUAAUCCUCCUCCGCCGCCGCCGCCGCCGCAGCCGCAGCCAUGUCGGGUUGGGACGAGGGCGCCGUAUUCUACAGCGACCAGGCGCAAUUCCCCCGCGGCGGCCCUGGCGGCGACCCAGCCGCCGACCUCAGCCGCCACUCCGCUCUCCGCAAGUUCAAGGAGUUCCUCCGCGGCUUCACCGGUCCCACCGGCGACUUCCCCUACCGCGAGAGCCUAAUACACAACCGCGACCAUGUCACCGUCGCCAUCGAGGACCUCGAUGCCUUCGACGCCGAGCUCUCCGACAAGAUCCGCAAGUCGCCCGCUGAUUAUCUUCCGUUGUUUGAGACGGCUGCAGCCGAGGUCCUCGCAAGCCUCCGCUCGAAGGUCGCCGGCGAGACCGGGGAGAUGGAGGAGCCCGUCACCGGAGAUGUCCAGAUCUUCCUCUCCUCCAAGGAGAAUUGCCUGUCCCUGAGAUCUAUUGGGGCAGAUUACAUGUCGAAGCUAGUUAAGAUUGCGGGAAUUGCAAUUGCCGCAUCGAGAGUGAAAGCCAAGGCCACCCAUGUAACUCUUCUCUGCAAGAACUGCCGGAGUGUCAGAACAGUUUCUUGCAGGCCAGGCCUCGGUGGGGCUAUUGUUCCACGAUCGUGUGAUCAUGUUCCUCAGCCUGGAGAAGAGCCUUGCCCCCUGGACCCCUGGAUUCCUGUCCCAGAUAAGAGCAAGUAUGUGGAUCUCCAGACCCUCAAAUUGCAGGAGAAUCCCGAGGAUGUUCCAACUGGUGAGCUUCCUAGAAAUGUGCUUCUGUCUGUAGAUAGGCACCUUGUUCAGACCAUUGUUCCAGGGACUAGAUUAACUGUUGUUGGCAUCUACAGCGUCUACCAAGCAUCCGCAAACCAGAAGGGCGCCGUUGGUGUUAAACAGCCUUACAUUAGAGUUGUUGGUUUGGAGCAAUCUCGAGACAAUAACUCAAAUGGACCCUCCAAUUUCACUCUUGACGAGGAAAUGGAAUUCAAAGAAUUUGCACAGAGGCCAGAUGCAUAUGCCAAGCUUUGCUCAAUGAUUGGCCCUUCAAUUUAUGGUCAUUCUGAUGUCAAGAAAGCUAUUGCAUGCUUGUUAUUUGGGGGAUCUAAGAAGAGGCUACCUGAUGGUGUACGUUUGAGAGGCGACAUUCAUGUCUUGCUUCUGGGUGAUCCAUCCACAGCAAAAUCACAGUUCCUCAAAUUUGUAGAGAAGACAGCUCCUAUUGCAGUCUAUACAUCUGGAAAAGGUUCCUCUGCUGCUGGUCUCACGGCAUCUGUAACGCGGGAUAGUAGCUCGCGCGAGUUUUAUUUGGAAGGAGGGGCCAUGGUUUUGGCUGAUGGUGGAGUUGUUUGUAUUGAUGAAUUUGACAAGAUGAGACCUGAAGACAGAGUUGCAAUUCAUGAAGCCAUGGAGCAACAGACAAUAUCUAUUGCCAAAGCUGGCAUUACAACAGUACUCAAUUCAAGGACUUCAGUUCUUGCAGCUGCCAAUCCAAUUGCAGGACGUUAUGAUGAUCUUAAGACUGCACAAGAUAAUAUCGAUCUGCAGACAACCAUUCUUUCUAGAUUUGAUCUAAUCUUUAUUGUAAAAGAUAUCAGAAUGUAUGAUCAAGAUAAGCGAAUAGCAAGCCACAUUAUCAAGGUGCAUGCCAGUGGUGCUGCUGCUUCAUCCAAGAACACAGAGGCAAGUGAAGGAGAAAAUUGGUUGAAAAGGUACAUUGAGUACUGCCGUGCUACUUGCAAACCACGGCUCUCAGAAAAGGCUGCUGAGAUGCUGCAAAACAAAUAUGUUGAGAUUAGACAGAAAAUGAGGCAGCAAGCUCAUGAGACAGGGAGGGCUGCAGCGAUACCCAUCACUGUGAGGCAGCUUGAAGCCAUCAUACGUUUGAGCGAAUCUCUUGCAAAGAUGAGAUUGACAAGUGUGGCUACACCAGAGCAUGUUGAAGAGGCAUUCAGGCUAUUCAACGUUUCCACCGUUGAUGCUGCAAGAUCUGGAAUCAACGAGCAUUUGAACUUGUCACCAGAAAUUGCAAACGAAAUUAAGCAAGCGGAGGCACAAAUAAAAAGAAGAAUGGGCAUUGGAAGCCACAUAUCUGAGCGGCGGCUGAUUGAUGAACUAACUAGGAUGGGAAUGAAUGAAUCCAUUAUCAGAAGAGCCCUUCUGAUCAUGCAUCAAAGGGACGAGGUAGAGUACAAGAGGGAGCGCCAUGUGAUUGUCCGAAAGGCUUAAUACUGGGUCCUCUCUACUGCUGUGUGUAUACCGUCACUGAAACUGCAACCCUUCCUGGAGGAGGACGAGGCACGCAGGCUCUACAGCUAGCUGAUCUCUGACUGGAAUAUUGUGAUCUGCAGAAGAAUGAAUGAAGUUCUUGCAUCGUAGAGAUGGCGAGAUGUGUAGCUGUACCACAAUAGUCUGUUGCUGUGAUCCUAGAUUAUCCAGUGUGACUGACAAUGUAGGCGCUUAGCUUUGGAACCAAGGCUCCGAACCUGUACUGCUUACUGUAACACCGUUCAUGGUUGCAAAGUUUGUUUUCUGCA